AUGCCCGGAAAGGCGAAUGAAACGCCAGCAAACUCGGGCGAUCGCCCGUUCAGGACAUUUGAUCCAGAUGAUCCAGAAUAUAUCAAAGAAUUACAAAGGCCUGCCGCUAUUAAA